AUGCCCGUCCACGGCGGCGGCGGCUCCGCAAUCGAUUACUGCGGCAGCGUGCGAGGGUGCGUGCCGCUGCUGCCUGCGGCUGCGGCUGCCGCUGCCUGGCUGGGCCGGGCUCGCCGCUCGCUGGCGCUGCCGCAGCGCACGCACGGACACGCGCCGCGCCGCGCCGGAGGCGGAGGCGGCGAAGGCGCUGCCGGCUGCGGGGGCCGCGUGCCGGCCACGUGGAGCCCGGGCCGCGUCUGCACUGCGGCGCCGCCGCCACCUCCCACACCCACCACCGCAUCAGGUAAAGGCGACGCCGGCACCACGUCAGGCACAUUGUUCCAGUUCCCGCGAGCCGCGGCGCAGAACAAAAGGAAGCCGCCUGCCGGCCUAGCAGGCUGCCGGCUGCGCGCCAUGCAUCAUUCAUCCGCGGCGCCCCAGUUGCCUGGCAACGCGGCACGCAUCCCGGCAUUAGGCGCUCGCUGUCGCCACCCGCCGCCUCUUCCUGCCUCCGCACUGCCGGCUGUUGCUUCUUCGGACGCUCCGCAGGAGGCCUAA